UCUCUGUUGCUAUAAGGAAAAAAACAAAAUAUUUGAAUCAACAGAGAAGGCUGAGAGAAAAGCUGAUGAUUUGCAAAUGGUACCAAUAAACAACUUCAGGCAUGAAGAGACACAGAAGAUUGUCUGGGGAUUUUUGGAUGGUCAGGAGUUGGUCACUGGAUAGAAAAUGUCAGACAUUAGAAGACUAUAUCCUCCAGAUCCAGAAACUAGUCAUGCAUAGGAGACAGGGAAUGAAGUGUGAUGUGGCCUUCUGGAGUAAGAGGAAAGUGGUGACUGAUGUGGCCAAAAGAAAGACAUUCAUAUCAGAUGAUGGGAAAUUUGUACUUGAGACACACUGUGCCUGGGAGAUACAAAAGUCUUCUGAGUCUAAAGGAAAGGCAUAGAAAAAGAAGCAAAAUUAGAAAGACUGGGGUAUUCUUAACCCAAAUGACUCCUAAGAAAAAUGGUCCUUUCUGCUAUGGUGAGGUGGAUCCAACAAGUGAUUUCCUCAAGAGAAGCUGUGAUAGUUCAAGAAGGGUUAGAAUGGGCAGAUAUGAGACUGUUUACAUACUAAGGAUAAAGAAUCAGAAAAGAUUAUGAUUAGCAAACAGUGCCUCUCUCUACCAGGACUGACCUACCUUCUCCUACCAGAAGAUCUUUUUUUCCUCCCAUGUUUUCCUACCCUACUACAUAAGAUGUAGUUUUAAUUCUGCAUUACAGAUCAUUUUUGGUUUGAGGGGCUUUUGGGGGGCGGAGUUCUGUGUAGGGAAACAGGUAUUGCUGUUAUUUAUCUUGAGAUGAUAGUAUUCUAGUUCUGGUUUUAACACUAAUCAACUGUGUGACUCUGCAUUAGUCAUUCUAGGACCAGAAUGAGAAAGGUAGGGGUGUGGCUUAUUGGUAGAAUGCUUGAUUAGCAUGCACAAAGCUCUGGGUUCUUGGAGUCAAUACUUAGCACUACAUAAAUUGAUCAUGUCAGCAUAUGCCUAUAAUCUCAGCACUCAAUAAGUAGAGGCAGGAGGAUUAGCAAUUUAAGAUCACCCUUGGUUCCAUAGUGAGUUCAAGACCAGCCAAGGCUUCAUGAGACUCUCUCUCAACAAAAGUCCAGUGCUCCUAAUCCCUCAAAACAUUAUGGCCUCCCUUUCGUUUCCUGUCACAUACUUGUAAACAAAAGCAAUUUUAAAUUGAAGUUGUCUAAAGACAUCUGACUAUAUUGUUUUCCCAUAACGAUUAGCUUGAUACCUUUAAACAAAAAAAGCAAACACUUGCAAGCAUUUUUCUCACUUUAGUUUCCUCAUUUUGUCAGUGCACUGCCUGUACCAGUGAGCAUCUGGUAAAUUCAUGGGUCAAAACUGAACAGGUAUUUGUGUCUCAUAAUGUCUAAAUCUUAUGAAGGUUAAGUGUCUAUGAUAAAAUAGGAUCCUUGGUUUUUUAGUAGGAAGCAUUUUGGAAAAAAUUAAAAACCACCCCUGAUGUAGAAUACCUGCCAAUAAUAUAGAACAUGGUUCUGAAAAUCUUAACCCUGCAAAGCUUUUGUCUUCCUGUUUCUCUUUCUCUCCCUCCCUCUCCCCGUCUCUCUCAUUCAUCCACUCACUCACUCAGUCAUUUGCUAACUGAAUAACAUUUUGUAUGCUUGUCAUCAUGGCUGGGACAGUGCUGCUUGCCUACUACUUCGAAUGCACUGACACUUUUCAGGUGCAUAUCCAAGGAUUCUUCUGUCAGGAUGGAGACUUAAUGAAGCCUUACCCAGGGACGGAGGAAGAAAGCUUCAUCACCCCUCUGGUGCUCUAUUGCGUUCUGGCUGCCACUCCAACUGCUAUUAUUUUUAUUGGUGAAGUAUCCAUGUAUUUCAUAAAAUCAACAAGGGAAUCCCUGAUUGCUGAGGAGAAAACAAUCCUAACAGGGGAAUGCUGUUACCUGAACCCCUUACUCCGAAGGAUCAUCAGAUUUAUAGGGGUAUUUGCAUUUGGACUUUUUGCUACUGACAUUUUUGUAAACGCCGGGCAAGUGGUCACUGGUCACCUAACACCAUACUUCCUGACAGUGUGCCAGCCAAACUAUACUAGUACAGACUGCCGGGCACACCACCAGUUCAUCAACAAUGGUAACAUCUGCACUGGGGACCUGGAAGUGAUUGAACAGGCUCGGAGGUCCUUCCCCUCCAAACAUGCUGCUCUGAGCAUUUACUCCGCCUUAUACGCCACGAUGUACAUCACAAGCACAAUCAAGACGAAGAGCAGUCGACUGGCCAAGCCAGUGCUGUGUUUGGGGACCCUCUGUACAGCCUUCCUGACAGGCCUCAACCGGGUCUCAGAGUACCGGAACCACUGUUCGGAUGUGAUCGCUGGCUUCAUCCUGGGCACCGCAGUAGCCCUCUUCCUGGGAAUGUGUGUGGUUCAUAACUUUAAAGGAACACAAGGCUCUCCUUCCAAACCCAAACCCGAGGAUCCCCGUGGAGUUCCUUUGAUGGCUUUCCCAAGGAUAGAAAGCCCUCUGGAAACCUUAAGUGCACAGAACCACUCAGCCUCCAUGACCGAAGUCACCUGAGAUGAAUGAAGAGAUGCAGCUGUAUUGGUUUCUUUCUUUUUUUUCCCAACAACCUUCCAGUUCAAUACUUCAAAACACACAGUGACUUCAGUGAAACUGUGAAUACAAGUAUUAUGUUUAUCUAGUUAGAGGCUAAUGUUUUGUACAUUUUUUGUAUUAAAAAGUGAUGUAGCUUGCCCUGAUUCUUUUUUUUGUCAGCUUUAAUAUAUUUAAGCCAGAAUUUUAAAACCAACAAAAUUUUCCUCUUGUUCAAGUGUGCAUUGAAGAAUCACAUUUAUUCAAUGAUUGAUGUUGUUUUGUGAUAUUUGUACACAAAUCUUUUCUCAGUUUUAUAGACACAGAUAAAGUGAACGAUCCACUUUAACCCUUAUUACCACAGUUGCUGCCUCCUCCAGAAGUUUUCAAUUUUAAUAAGAGUCAAACUUUUGAGUUACGGGAAGGACCAUGGUGGUUAAUCAUAAAUCUCAAAAUCAGUCUUGGGGGAAAAAAUAUUUGGAGAGAACAUCAUGUUCUGUUCUGUUAAUAAUUUAUUGCAUUCCAAGUUAAAGUGACAGUGGUGUACUAGUGAAGAUUCCUAGUUUCCUAACUAUCGACACAGAAGCCAAUAUUGGUGGUGGUGGUGGGGGUUAUAUGACUCUUUCUUAGAUAAUAGCCUCGCCCACCUAGGGAAGUCAAGGUCAGUCUGGAAUUCUGUCCUUGGGCAGGCAGGUGACACUGUAGCCUUCUAUCCAAAAGAGCAGCUAGCACCAGCCUUUCCUGCCAACUCAACAGUUUUGUAUUCAUAUUGUAUGGACUUUUUAUGAAAAAGAAUAUUUUCCAGUUUGCACAGUAUUAUUUUACAGAAAGGAUGUCAGAGCACCUACAACAUAGAGCCCAGAGCAACAUCUUCACUUGGGGGUGUCUAACUGUUCUUGGAUUUCAACUGCAUCCCGUUUUCUAGCAUGGUGAUAAUGUGUCCCUCCUAUCUGUAUCUAUCAAGAUGUUUUCUUGACACAUCAUGUCAGCUCUUCUUAGCUUUUUUUGUACAUAUUUUUUUUUCUAAAUAGAAGAAAAAAAGUUAUCACAAAAUGGA